GAAAAUUAAAAGAGAAUCAACAUGUGGAACCAACGGAAAGUGCACGCCUGCCUGCUGCUGUCCAUCGUGGCCAGCAACUGCCUCCUGAUGACCUUUGCCUUCCCGCAGCAGGAGGUCUACCAGCGACAGCAUCAGGUGACUCAGUCACCAGUCCAACGGAAUGAGGGUUUGGCUGCCCAGGGUCGCAAGUUCGCCGUGAAGCCGAAUGCCUCCAAAAAGGUGGCCUUGGACGAUAUCGAGGAUGACCUCGAGAGCAACCAGAUUCAGGAGACUGUGGGUGGACCCGGUGGCUUCACUUGGUCCAACAUGCUGUCCACCGUGAUGACCAUGUUCUUCAACGGAGCCAUGAAUCAGGCGCCCACCAAGUCCGAGGAUGUGGAUAACUCGAUCGGUUUGGGCGGCAGUCCCUGGGCCAAUGUCAUCUCUAUGGGUCUUCGCAUCAUCAACACCUUGCUGGGCGGCGGAGCACCUAGCGAUGGCAUCGAUAAGGUCGACAACGGUGGAUCUCCCAUGCAGGGCAUAUUGGUGGCUGUGAUGUCGGCCGUUUUAGGCUCCAGAGACCCCGAUCAAGUCAACUCGAUGGCCAAGCAAGCUGGCGAGUUCAUACAGAUCGUGAUGAACCUCCUGGACGCCCUGAAGACUUCCUUCUCGCACCGCUCCCUGACAGCCCGCUCCCUGGGCAAGAGGGAUUCGGUGAGUGACGCCGUCGUGGCUGGCAUCUCCCUGAUGAAGGGCUAUGUGCGCACCUAUCGCAACUCGGAGGCGGACCAGAACCAGGACAAGUGCACGCAGCGAUACAUGUGCGAUGCCAACACGGAGUGCGUUCGCGAGAUUGGCGGCAGCAGCAUCUUCUGUCAGCUGGGAUCCUAUGCCACCAGCUACGUGCUGGGCCGCAGCAGCGGCAGCAGCUUCGAGGAACUGUAUGACGCUGGACGCAGGGGUCGCUCCGGCUUCGACUGUCGCCAGCUGUAUCUGGAGUGCAACGAGGUCUAG